UAGUUUAUUCUGGGCUACUAAGUGUUAUCAGUAGUUAGCGAUGAUCCUUGCUCAGUGGGUGAUAGACAAUCGAUUGAUGCACAGCUCUUUAGUAAUCUCAAAUCGAAAAGUCCGUUCGAAGUGAGAUGUCGAUUUUCAUUAUUUUGUCAUUAAUUUUGUUGCAAGACGCGUACGCACAAAACAUCUACGAGUGCUCCAAAUCAAACCCGGAAGAUGUUUGUAUUUUACGAAACGUGCAAGUACUCUCUUUGGCAGAUAUAAGCUCGAUUGAGCUUCCAGCCGAACAGUCAACGGUUCAGUUCCUCGAUGGUAACAUUCCGGACUUCGGAGAGUCAAUCUAUGAGCAGCUAGAAACCACAACCAAUCUCACAAUCACCCGAUCGGGAGUGGGGAAACUUUUUGUUGCCCCUCUUCUCACAUACCUAAAUGCCAGCUGGAAUAAGCUUACCCGUUUGGAACGUGCCCCUCAGGGAGACUACGGAGGUCUACGGGUGCUGGCACUGGCCCACAAUCAAUUCGAUCGGAUUCCUAACAUAAAAGAUUUUACCGCAGUCGAGCAACUGGAUCUGUCCUAUAAUGCCAUAAACUUCGUUAAUUUGAACCUUUUCGGUCGGUUGCAAAAGUUGCGAACGUUAGACUUGAGCCACAAUAAAAUUCGCUCGUUUGAUGUGGAAAAAGGCUUUCGACUUGCACAUUUGGCGGAGCUUCGUCUAGUCGAUAAUCAGCUUCAAGAGCUUGACUUCACCGACUGGAAGCUGUCACAACUAGCAACACUGGACAUCAGCUCAAACCUCCUACUGUACUUAAAUGGUGAAGAUUUGCAUGCUGCUUUCCCCAUGCUAAAAACACUCGGCCUACAAGAAAACCAAUGGAACUGUCGAGGCCUCUCGAAACUUAUCGAGUUUGCCCAAAACAAGUCGAUUACCCUCUCCACCAGUAGUCCCCGCCAGUGCACAGCAAAUCGUACCUCCCUGCAGGGAAUCUGCUGUCUGGAAAGUUACGUCAAUUACGUUACACUCCACUCCCAGUGGGAAAUCCGGAAGUUACAGCGCGAGAUGCAAACCAUGAACGAGACGCUGGUGCAAAAGUUGGCCGUGGUUCGGGAGCAGCAAGGGGCGCAAAUAACCAUCCUGGAGCAGAAGCUGUCCCUCCAGGAGAAGCAGAUUGGGCACAUGAAGCAACAUCUCCUGGCGAUGGCCGGAAUGAUUGAGGAUCUGAUCGAAGAGUUGUACCUGCGCGAAAUGGACGAAGAACGGGAACGGCACCAGGCAUCCUCCCGGCAGCAGCAGCCGGCGGUGAAGAUUGUGUUUUGAAUGGGUGAUUUUUGUUGUUGAAAUAUUUUCAUUUCUUAUGCUGUUUAUGUUAAAAUAUUACUUGUAAAAACUUAAUUCAUUUUUCAAUGAAUCACCCAUUAACAUGAUAAAAAAUGAAACAAAAAAAAAACAAAUUAAAGAGAAAGUGGAAGAGUCGAAUAUUUGAACAAUUACAAAGAAUCGUAUAAAACCAGGAGACGUAAAAAAUUAAACAGAAAUAAGUAAUCGAAUUGAAUAUUUGAUUACCUAUUACAAGAUCAAAAAAAAAAAAAAGCGUGGAAUACAGAACGAUAAAUCGGGUAAAAAUUCUUUCUCCUUCAUCAUCUUCUUGCUUUUUAUUCGUGUUUCGCCUUUUUUUCUUAACAUUUGGUUUUUUGUUCUUUUCCUGGACUUGUCUGUUUGUCGUCUGCUUUGUUCUUGGCAUCGUUUCAUCUUUUCCUCCAAUAUUCUUGUUUGCCUAACUUCAUGUCUUUAUGUUCCAUUUGUCUUUAUGUUAUCUUGUCUCACUAACAUCUUGUUCUUUAACCUCUGAUUUCAUAGUUUUUUCUUUAUAUUUUAUAUUCUCGUUGGUUUCUUACUUUUUUGUCUACUGGUUUGUGCUAAAUUAAUGUCUUUUUUCACGUACACUAUCGAAACAAACCAAUUUUUUUACAAUUAACUUAAGAAACUUAAGAAAAUCGAAGACAACAAGAAAACAAACAGAGAAAAAGACAAAGAGAUAAACGGACACAUAAUAAAUUUCACCACUUCUCAACAUUUUAACUCUUUACCCUUUGAUUUUGUUGUGACUUUUAACUUUCCAAAUUUUCGGGUUUUUAGAGUUGAACUUCUUGAUUUUUGACAAUCACUAAUAUUGAACAACCUAUAAUUUUUUUGAA